AUGGAGAAUACGAGUCAGUCCAUGGAAUUGGAAGAUAUUGAAGUUGAUGUAGAUUAUGAUAUACUUACUGUCAUCCCUACACCUGGAUCUGUUGAGUCUGGUAGCACUGAAAAUACACCAAAUCAACCUGUUAACACUGUUUCUCCUGCUGGGGCUACGGCUGGGGCUGGGGAUGGAAGUGGCCUGAGUGAGAAUGGACAAUAUCAAAAGAAGGAAUGGCAAAAGACUUCUAAAGUCUGGAAUGACUUUGGAAGUCUGACAACUUUUUGUUACAAAGAGAGUAGGGUUAGGGAACUUGCUGCCCAUAUGGUGCUACUCCACGAGUACCCUUUUAAUAUGAUGGAGCAUGAACUUUUUAAUAAGUUCAUGAGGGCCUGCACACCCCACUGGAAAAAAAUAAGCCAUGCAACUAUUAGGAAUGAUUGCAUUACCACUUACCAAAAUGAAAAAAGGAAGCUAAGAACACUUUUGAAAUUGGUUGACAAGGUGAACAUCACCACCGAUAUGUGGACCUCUUGUCAAAGAGUGUCAUAUAUAGUGGUGACUUGCCACUUUGUGGAUUCAACUUGGUGCCUCCAAAAAAGAAUUUUAAAUUUUUGCAAUGUACCUCCUCCACAUUCUGGUGUUGUGAUUGCUGAUGCAUUAAGGAAUUGUUUUUCUGAUUGGGGAAUUGAGGAUAAAAUUCAUACCAUUACUGUUGAUAAUGCUUCAGCUAAUGAUUCUGCAAUUAGAAUUAUAAAAGAUGACUUUGAGUUGAAGAAUGCUUUGUCGGUUGGGGGUAGGUUGUUUCAUGUUAGGUGUUGUGCACACAUUACAAACUUGUUGGUGCAGUCUGGGCUUGUUGAAAUUAGGGGUAUUAUAGAUGAUGUUAGGCAGGGCAUAAAAUAUAUAGUGGCUUCUAAAAGUAGGUUGAAUGUCUUUAGUGAGAUAGCAAAGAGAUUGCAUUUACCCUGUAAGAAGCUGAUUUUAGAUGUCCCCAUACGUUGGAACAGCACCUAUUUGAUGUUGGACACUGUAAUUAAGUAUAAAGAAGUGUUUCCUAGGUACCAUAGAGUUGAGCAAGCAUUUCAGUGGGUUGUAACUCCAGAACAGUGGGAAAUGGUGGGUAAUGUGAACCAGGUUUUGUCAAUUUUCAAUGAUGUAACCAAUGUUGUGUCUGGUAGUGAGUACCCUACUGCAAAUUUGUAUUUUCCUGAGGUUUGGAGGAUGAAAGAAGUUUUGAUGAUCAAGUGUGAUGAUAGGAAUGAGUACAUGAGGUCAAUGGCAAGUACGAUGAUUGACAAAUUUGAUAAGUAUUGGGGUGAUAGCAAUUUGUUGAUGUCCAUAGCUGCUGUCUUAGAUCCUAGAUACAAGAUGAAGUUGAUCAAUUUCUGUUUCCUUAUCAUUUAUCCUUUGACCGAAGCUUGUAGUCACAUUAAGAAUGUGUUGCAAGAAACUGUCCAAGUAAAUGUUCCUUCUUGUUCUUUCUCAAGUGCAAUUGUUGGAGAUGUGGUGUCCAAAAUUUCUGAAGGUCGAUCAAGGUUUGCUGACCAUAUAAGAAGUAGUGACAUCAUCCGGCCCAUUAAAACAGAUUUGGAUGUUUAUCUUGAAGAUGAUGUCUACAUUUGUGGUAAGAAUGAGAAUGGAGUAUAUAUGGAAACAGAUUUUAAUGCUUUGGCAUGUGCUGGUGGUAGGGUUAUUGAACCCCAUAGAGCAUCGUUAUCCGCUGACACUGUUCAGAUGCUCUUAUGUGGUUCAGAUUGGGUGAGAGCACUUCAUGGCAUCAAGAGAAAAUCUGCUGGUGAUAAAUUGGUUGAAGUGGAGUUGCCUACAACUACAACUUCAACUACCUGA